AUGGCUGCACCCGCAAGCCUUCCAGCUCUGCUGGACUCUUUGAUCCAGUCAUUGACUUCCGCUUCGGAGGCUGCACCCAAGUUGUCCGGGCUGGCGCCUCCCAAGGACGGUCUGUCGCUUCUUGAUGUCAAGAACGACCUGCUUCUUUCGUACCUGCAGAACCUCGUCUUUCUCAUCCUCCUCAAGUUACGCAACUCACGAGAUAGCACCUCUGACAACGAAGAUGCAGCCUCGGACUUGAACGAUACCGUUGUCAAGAAGCUGGUGGAAUUGAGGUUAUACAUAGAGAAGGGCGUUCGCCCUCUCGAAGACAAACUACGAUACCAGAUCGAGAAGGCGCUCCGAGCCGCUGAUGAUGCAGAGAGAAACGCCGAGGCCGCUCAAGCUUCUCAGAAGGAAGAAGAAGAGUCGGACGAGGACGAGUCGGGCUCGGGAUCUGAGGACGACUCAGAGGCGGAAGAGGAUGGCGAGCGACUCGCUGAUCUGAAGAAGUCUCUGCCGAACCGUGCCGCCUUCGUCAAGCCAUCUACCGGCGUAUCAGAGGAAACAUCAGAGAACACGGAUGGCAUCUACCGCCCGCCCAAGAUUGCACCUACCGUCAUGCCCACGACAGAGCGAAGAGAGAGGGCAGAGCGACGUCCGCUCAAGUCUGCGACCAUGGACGAGUUCAUUGCCGAUGAGCUCUCCACGGCGCCCUCCGCCGAGCCCAGCAUCGGCACCAACAUCGGAGGCUUCGGCCGGCACAUGAAGACCGCCUCGCAGCGCAAGGAGGAGGAUGAGCGCCGCGACUACGAAGAGCGCAACUUUGUCCGUCUGCCCAAGGCCAGCAAGGAGGAACGGGCCAAGAAGGCUAAGGCCGAGGGCCGCAGCAAACGCAUGAACUUCGGUGGCGAAGAGUGGCGCGAGCUGGGCGAGGGCGUGGACAGAAUUCACCGUCUUACCAAGACCAAGGGCUCGGGUGGAGGUACCAGGGCGCUCCUCGACAAGUCCAGGAAGCGCGGCAUCGAGACGGUCGACGGACCCAGAGGCAGCGGCAUUAGCGGUGCCGAGAUUGGCGACCGGUACAACAAGCGCUUGAAGGUGCAGGAGAUGGGCAGGCGAGACAGAGGCAAGAAGCGUUAG